GCAGUAGAACUUGGCUUCUCCAAUAAAUCCUGACUCCAAGUCUCAGGGGAACAAAGCAACAGGGUGGCACCCAAGUCUGGCCCUGGCCCUGGUCCUGGUCCUGAGAGGAGUAUGUACAAAAGGCUGUAACAGAUCUCAUCACCUGCUAAUGGGCAAAGCCCUUCAAGUCUUGAAGCGCACAUUGAGCACCAGAGGCCCCGUGACCCUGGACAGGCCAGGGGAGGGGGCCACCAUGCUAUGGACAUUGACUCUCUUGCUUUUUUGCAUUCGGCUUAGUCUGGGUAUGACAUCAAUAGUGAUGCAAUCUCAACCGGAGCUGUGGAUAGAGACCAACUACCCCCAGGCACCUUGGGAGAACGUCACACUUUGGUGCAAAAGCCCUUCUCAGAUUUCAAGCAAGUUUCUGCUACUGAAGGAUAAGACACAGAUGACCUGUAUCCAACCCUCCUAUAAGACCUUCCAAGUUUCAUUCUCCAUAGGUGCCCUUACUAAGUCCAAUACAGGUCUUUACAGGUGCUGCUACUGGAAGGAAACAGGCUGGUCAGAGCCCAGUAAAGUUUUAGAGUUGGAGGCACCAGGCCAGCUGCCCAAGCCCAUCUUCUGGAUCCAGUCUGAGAACUCUCCUCUUCCUGGAUGUAAUGUUAACAUACUCUGCCAUGGCUGGCUACAGGAUUUGGUAUUUAUGCUGUUCAAAGAGGGAUAUGCAGAGCCCGUGGAUUACCAAGUCCCAACUGGGACAGUGGCUAUCUUCUCCAUUUCCAACAUGACACCUGAGAGUGAAGGGGUUUAUAUCUGCCGCACUCAUAUUCUGAUACUCCCCACCUUGUGGUCAGAGCCCAGCAACCCCCUGAAGCUGAUUGUAGCAGGUGGGUGUGGCUAUGGCUGUUGGGGUCUGAUGAUUGUUGUCCCUGGGAUCAUGGCUGGAUGAGACAGGGUUUCUGAUUUUACUUUCCUUGGCCAGUUCCUAGGCUCUGCAAGGCCCAGGAGCUAGUCAUUUAUCAUUUUACUGAGAUGAAAAUUAGAAUCACGUAUGCUAUGUGGCAGAUGUUUGGGAGCCAGUCAAAAGGCUAGUGAGUGAGCCCAGCAAAAUAUCCAGCAGUUUCAGAUCAUCACGGCUUUGUUGUUUUCUAUUUGUUGAAUAUAAUGCAUGCAUUCCUUCAUUAGACUAUAUUUAUUCAGCACUUAAUAUGUGCCAGGCACUGCCACUGCAGUCUUAUAAACUGAUAUUUAAAUUUUUAAAUGUAUUUUUAUUCUGAUUAUGAUAUUUUAGUGUGGAAAAUAGAAUGAAUUGCUAAGUGAUAAACAAAAAAUGACGAAGAAAGUGAUAGUUUAUAUUUUAGAAAUGGCUUUAUAAAUUGCUUUAGUCUUGUAUAUACAGAUCCAGUAAGGUAGUGACAAGCUUUAAACACAGCAGAAGGCUCCUCAAAAUGUCAAAAAGUCAGACACACACCCCAGCCUUAGCUCCCCUAUGCCAUGGCUUGGAUGCUUCUAGAUAGAAUUGGCUGCAUUUGUUUUAGUUUCUCCGUAAAGCUAAAUAUGCUUGGGGAAAGCUGUGGUGUUACAGAAAGGACCCUGGUCUUAGCAGCAGUACUCCUGGUUUCUAGUUUCACCUCUGACACUACCUCCCUGUGUGAUCUUGAACAAGUGACUUUACCUCUCUGUGCUUUGGUUUCCUCCACUUUAAUAUGGGAUAACAGUUAUCUCUCCAACCUACCGUAC